AUGUCCGUGGUCCCAGAAUAUACGUCGUCGUCGGGCGAUUUCCGUUCCGACACUUUUACCAUUCCUACGCCCGAAAUAUGGCAAACCGUGGCACAGGCGUCUUUGGGCGACUCCAUCUACGAAGAGGACAGAGACACGACUCUUCUCGAGCAGCGAGUAUCCAAAGAGCUUUUGGGUGGCCGUAUGUACGGCAAUUUAGAGGCUCAGGGCCUGUUUUGCGUGUCGACGACCAUGUCCAAUCAGCUAGCCAUCCGAACUCACCUGAACUUUGCUCCCCCAUACAGCGUUCUAUGCGACGACAGAGCACAUGUAUACGUUGACGAAGGCGCCGGAAUCGCAGUGCUUUCUCAGGCGCUGGUGAGGCCGGUAAAGGCAUCAAACGAUCGCUUUUUGACACUUGAAGAUAUAAAAGAGAACUACGUACCGGACAUUGGCGACAUCCACCUUGCUCCCACGAAGCUCAUUUGUUUGGAGAAUACUCUACACGGAAUGUGCUUUCCUUACGACGAACUCAAGCGUAUCAGUGACUGGUGCCACGAAGAAGGCAUCAAAUUGCAUUUGGACGGAGCCCGGCUUUGGAACGCUGCCUGUGCGUCCAGCGAUCGUAGCCCAGAAACUUAUCUGAGAGAUAUAGCAGCUCUAGUUGAUUCCGUUUCUGUUUGUUUCUCCAAGUCCUUGGGGGCCCCCAUUGGAUCUAUGCUGGUUGGUGGUCCCCGCUUCAGAGCUAAAGCCCGCCAUCUGCAGAAACAGCAAGGUGGUGGAAUAAGACAGGCCGGGUUCAUCGCUCGUAUCGCCAAUCACUGUUUGAACAGCAAUUUCCCAAAAACGAUCACAGAAGUCUCUCGAGCAACAAGGGCGUUCUGGCACGAUUUGCACAGCACUAUCAAGAGAGACUACGGAAUGAAUUUACAGCUGGCACAUCCGGUUGAAACCAAUUUCAUUUUUGUUGACUUGGCCAAAUCAGGCAUCAACCUGGACAAAUUUCUGGAGAUAGGCGAGCAGAACGGCCUAAGGCUGUUUGAUGGCAGGCUUGCCUUCCAUUAUCAAAAUAUUGGCUCGGAAAGCUUAUGUGCGUUGAAAAAAACCUUUGAUGACGUUGCAUCUUAUUACCAAAAACAUGACUAUAAACCAGGAGAGAGGUCCGCGAGAAUUUACUAG